AUCCAACAUAUUACCGAUCUGCAAAUCCACAGUUUCGUAACAAAGGAAUGGGAAUCAGAUGAAUUUACCAAUUUUACAUUCGUUUGAGACAAACGUUUCGAUAUUUAAUGUCUCCAUUUUAAAACUGAAUAUAUAUCUAUUCUCCAUUAGCUUUUCAUGAAUUGACCCAGUUGAAAAGUGAAACAGUUCAAUUUGACUACGAAUAUCAAACAUUCUUCAACUUUAAUGUCCGUCAUUUUGCAAGUUGAGGGACUUAUGUACAGUUGGCGAGAGUUGAUUGUCUGACGGUUACAAUAUGUAAAUUGGUAGUUAUGUCAAACUCUGGUUAUGUAGCGGGCUAUUUUCUGGGUCUAUUCAUUCGAGCAAAACGUUUUGCAACGGAAACGUUUUGCAACGACAACGAAUUUCUUAUUGGACAAGUGUAGGUAAUCCCUCCCCGUUUUGAUCCGUUUGGUGUCAAGUGAAUACGACCCUGUGUAGUUUUGUAACACAGCAAUGAUGCAUUUACGCAAGUUCUAUAUCGACAUUAUUAUGCGCAUUCUGGUGUUCAUACGUGCAGCAGAAACUACACCUGCAAUAGGGUGAGGAUCAUUCUACAAUUUGACAUUUAUACGUAACGACACCAGUCUCUAGCCGAAAUGACCCAGAUGCGAAGGUCGGUGGGAGAGGCGCUGUGGGGAAUGUGUGCCGCCGACGCCAUGUCCAUGCCUGCGCACUGGUACUACAACAUCGAUGACAUCAAGAGAGAUUUUGGAGGGUGGAUCACCGGCUUCAACGCACCCAACAACAGACAUCCGUCCAGCAUCCUCAACCUCUCCAACUCAGCGGGGAGCGGUCGCACUGCAUGGUCCUCUGGUGGGAACAGACCCCAUGUUGUGGGUAGCGUAAUCCUCCAUAACAAGCUCAAAUUCUGGAAGGCAUCAGGUGGAUCGGUCCACUAUCACCAAGGUCUCCAAGCAGGUGAGAAUACCCUGAAUGCCAUCUGCUCCCUGAGGGUGGCACAGGCCCUGACAGGGGGGAAGUUUGCCAGCGUGGCAGAACCAGCGGCGAGGGGGGCGGUGCUGGCUGAUUACGUACACUUCAUGACCACGCCAGGAACACAUGGAGACACCUACGCAGAGUCCUUCCACAGAGCAUUCUUCUCCGACUGGCAAGACCCCAGACCCACUUCCUCCAGCAAGGUGUUGAAGUUUGCAGAGCAGCGCUACCAGCAGAAGAUGAACGCGUCAGUCCCUGACAGCCAGCUAGACGCUAUUGGCUGCCUCCCCAUGGCCAUCCCCUUUGUGCUUCUCUCUGCCACAGCCAAUGAGGACCAAGCUGUGUCUGCAGCGGUAGAGUUUGUCCGGCUCACCCACCCCCACCCUAAGGUGGAGAAAUAUGUGACGCUGUACGCCCGAGCCCUCCAUGCCACUCUGAAUGGGGCGUGUCUGAAGCAGCAAGCGGAGGCCGCCCUCAAGUCACCCGACCUGGACGCAUGGGACACUUGCAAGCCCUACAUACAGAAAGCAGCCAGGUUUCCAACCUCUUCUGCAGAGGGGCUCAAGGUUCACCAGAGUGCUGUGGAAAUGCUUGGCAUGGCCUGCUACACCCGAGGUGCCCUCAGUAGUAUGUUCUACCUAGCACAUGAGUUUCACAACGACCCUCAUGGAGGGAUCCUGGCAAACACCAAUUGUGGCGGAGAGAACUGCAACAGGGGUUCUGCUUUGGGGGCUCUGCUGGGGGCGAGGGCAGGGUACACGGGUGGAUCUGUACCCCAGGAGUGGAAGGAUGGAUUGAGGAACACACAGGAACCCAUCCAUGAAAUAGUAAAGAAGCUCCGAGACUGCCCCCUAUAGGAUUUAAAGCGAGCAUCAGAGCACUGACAUACAUACCUCUGUUUGGUUGGUGUAACUCAUAACAACAUCUAUGUACAUAUGUUUGUUGAUUUUGAGCCUUUUAUUGGCCUUGGUAUUCACAUGCUGGCCAUUGUAUGCACAAAAAGGUACCUUACAAUGACAGAUUACAAUGCACAAAUAAUUACCUUGUGUAAAAGUGCUUAUUUUCCCAAUUUUACUCUUUAAGGCCUUCCAGGUUUACCUUGGUUUACUCCCCAGCUUAAAGCCCAGCUAUCUCUCUCGACCAUACAUCAAAUAACUAUUCUCAGCUGUGUCUCCAUUAAAUAUAUUUUAGAGAUCAGUUGGAGUUUACGCACUAAAGGCGUCCGCAUACAUAGGUUCGGUUUGCUCCUAGCAGAACUCGGCCAGGCCAAGUGAACGUCUGUGCUAGCAUACUCCCUUAAAAUUACCUCAUUUGAAAAAUUAGAAAGAACUGGAAAUAUUACUGUUUGUACAUCUUGAGACGCCAUAGUCCGUACACUCACUUCCUCAAAAUAGUCUCAAUUAUCUGUAAAUAAUUUGGCGUUUUUUCUGAGGUCUUAGUUGCGCAAAUUUACAUCUAAGAUUGUUGGUGCAGUAUUUCUAACUAGUCCUCUCUAGUUGAAUGACAACAAGCACUUCAUUGCAGAUCCCAUAUUGUUGACCAAUCACCGACGAAGGGGCGUAGACUUUGGCUACGGAACUUUGACAAGCCUCAAGAAAAACAUGUGUGAUGAACGCUGCCGAACACCUAAAACGUCACAGAAUUUCAUCCUAAUAUAUGCAGGAUCUUUUUCGACUUUGAAUCAUACCGUAAGCUUUAAACUCAUAUCGAGUUGAAGAAGAAAAAGUUAACCUAGUUUAAAUUACAAUUGAUCAUAUACAUUGAUUGCAGAAGCAGGUAGACAGUAGCCUGCAAUAUUUCUACAAUCCUUGUUUCCAAGUUAUGCGAAGGGAAACAUUGUGAAUUAAUUAUGGCAGUUCAAUGAUAACUUAUUUUAUGUCUUAUUUCAUUUGGAUAUAACCUAGUGAAGUUAUUUGAAAUGUAAUAUGCCCUGCAGAAUUGUGUUUUAAAGUUGAAUAAAAGCAUUUAUGCUGGUCGAUUAUGCGCACAAACAAUAGUAUACACUGUUACAAUCUUAUGUACUGUAAUUAAGGUGUGAAAACAUUCAUUAUCUAACAUCUACAGUACAUGCUGCUUUUCACAUGGAUCAUGUUUAUUAUCUAUAUAUUUUUGUAUCCUUCAGGCCCAAUAAAUGGUGUCUCAUUACCAAAUCUAA